AUGUCAGAAGGAAAGUUGGAAAAACCUGAACAAGAUUUCACCUCAGCCGUCGAUGAGCAAUUGCCAGAAACUGAGAAGCUAGCUAAGCAAGGGCUUUUGCCUCAAGCUCUGGAACAGUUGCUGGCGCUAGAAAAACAAACUCGACAGGCCGCGGAUCUCUCCUCUUCCACCCGUGUUUUAAUUCACAUAGUUAAAUUAUGCCAUCAAUCUGGAAAUUGGAAAUUGUUGAACGAAUAUAUCACAUUGCUUUCAAAGAAGCAUGGGCAAUUGAAACAAGCUAUCACAAAGAUGGUACAAGAAACCAUGGGAUAUCUUGACAGCACACCUGAUCAGGAAACAAAAUUGGAAUUAAUUGACACAUUACGCACGGUGACAGAAGGAAAAAUCUAUGUUGAAGUUGAACGUGCUCGUUUAACACGUUGGUUAUCAAAAAUUAAAGAGGAUGAGGGCAAUAUUAAUGAAGCUGCAGACAUAUUACAAGAGUUGCAGGUUGAAACAUUUGGUUCAAUGGAAAAAAGGGAAAAAACUGAUUUCAUAUUGGAACAAAUGCGUUUAACCCUUGCCAAGAGAGAUUACACACGAAUGCUAAUCAUCAGUAAGAAAAUCAACACCAAAUUUUUCACUGAUGUUGAGCAACAGGAUUUGAAACUCCGUUAUUACGAGUUAAUGAUUCAACACGCAUUACACGAAGAACAAUAUCUAAACGUUUGCAAAUAUUGGCGUAAUGUAUACGAUACUCCUUCGAUCAAAGAAGAUGAAACUAAAUGGAAAGAAGUUUUACAAAAUGUUAUUUAUUUUAUUGUGCUUUCACCUUAUGAUAACGAGCAACACGAUCUAUUGCAUCAAUUAUACGGAACUGCAUUAAGACAAACUCCUGUCUUUGCGUUGGGUGAUGAGGCUGGUGAGAAGCGUUGGCAAGAGUUACAUAAACGUGUGAUCGAGCAUAAUAUUCGCGUGGUCGCCAAAUAUUACACACGUGUCAGAACAAAAAGAUUAACACAAUUGUUAGAUCUUAACGAAGAGGAUACUGAAGAAUUUCUUUCCAAGCUCGUUGUUUCAAAGACUAUUUAUGCCAAAAUCGAUCGGCCUGCGGGAAUAGUUUCUUUUGCAUCUCCCAAAGAUGCAAACCAAGUACUUAACGACUGGUCAAAUAAUAUUAAUUCAUUAUUAGGUUUAAUUGAAAAAACAUGUCAUUUAAUUACAAAAGAGGAAAUGCUACAUAGCAUUGCUAGGGUGAAGUGA